AUGUGGAGCUUGUCCUCAAACGUUCAGGCGGAGCGCGAGCCGCAUGUGUUAAUUUUCAACGUGGCCGAGGCGUUUGGUGGAGUAAUAAACGUAGAUGGGCAACAGGUGCAAACGAAAACGAAGGGCAACUACUUCCAAUCGUACUACACAUUGCUGGGUUUCGCUCUAGGUGUUGACUUCAAAGAGGCAGCCGAUCUGAACUCUUUUGAUCGAGAGUUCAAAAGCGGCAAUUGGAAUCUGAUUAGCUUUGAGUACCACGGUCUUCAGGAUAACCCCGAUUUACAGACAUGGAUCGACGACAAUGCCGACGCGAUCAAGACAUUUGUCGAAGAGGGUGGGUUUGUCGUCUAUACCGGCGGCCGGGAUGCAGCAGAUAUCCCAUUGGUAAAAAUAGUGGCUCCCGGUCUAGCAGAAUCGCUCGGCGGGUUUCCUGUGGCAGACAAGUGUUGCAUUGGAAUUCUCCCAGAUACGCCAUUGACCAAAGACAUGGCGGAUAUUCUUGAUACAUCGAAAUCUACCGAUCCCACCUUUGUCGGCGACGGAAAUUUACCCGGUUAUGAGAUAGCUAAAUUGCCAGACCACGCCAAUGUGGCAGGCGACCUUCUGGACGAUCCAGCUUUUGCACUCAUUGUUUAUGGAAGAAUUGGCAAGGGCGGCUACGUCUUCAGCGGUAGCGCGGAAAUUGUCAAUUUGGCCAUGGGCUUUGGCGUGCCAGAAAUGUCAGAGGAUUCUCACAUUCUGUGGAGGAACAUCCUCAACUGGGCGUCAGAUGCCAUCCUUUCCGUGGAACCGGCGGAUAAGUUGUCUACCACCUGGGGUAGGAUUAAGGCUAGCAGGUACUAA